AUGUACGACACGGAUGAGGUCCUACGUGAGAUCCUUUGGCCCUCCACCAUGACGUCCACCUCCACUGAUGGGACGCCUUCUGCAGUCGACAAUUUGCAGGAUGGAGGCUUCCUGGCUGAUCUGCUCGCAGAAAACACUAUGAACGAUGUUGGUGGCUCGUCCCCUGCCUGGAUUACAUCGACUACCUGGACCACGUUGGCCACGUUGUCUACCUCCUCCGGGGUUGGGGAUGCCUCUGGAGUGGGUGCUGACCCAGCUACUGACCGUGCUAGUGCUGGAGGUGCAGAAGACGAUGGUGGGGAGCUGGAUGCUGUGGAUGGAGAUUGUGCAGAUUGUAUGGUGGGUGGUGACGGUGAGAUUUCGGGCGAAGAGGAACAUGCCAUGGAUCGAGGUUGCCUCCUCUUGCUCCUCCGCAUAGGCUAG